GAAGAGGAGGGGAGUGUCCCUGCCCCCACCUCCACGUCGGCGGGCUAUAGGUGCCCCUCACCCUGCAGAGGAAAAGGGAGGUUGUUCGGCGGCCUGAGAGGCGGGGAGUGACGUCGGUUCUCCCAGCCUAGGCGGGAUGGGGAGGGAUGGAAGUGUAAGCGGGUGGGUGAUGCCGCUAUGCCGCUGCCCCCCUGGACCACUGCGGGAUGGUUGUAGCUGGGGAGGAGAUAGUGGUCUUUCUGCCGCGCCUGCUGGGUGGGGGAAGGAGAGGAUGACCUGCCACUCCGGGGGGCGGGGGCCUUGGUCCCGCCGCGAUGUGUAAGCGGGUAGCCAUCCUCAGGAACAGGGGUGCUGGCGCUGGCUCGCCGACGGUCCGCUUUUGCCCCUGUUGGGGGAGGGGCGGAGAUCAAGCCAGAGCUUCUCCCGCCUUCCACGGGGAGGCGGGAAUUACCGGUCUCCACGGAGCUGGGAGGAGGGAAGUGCCAAGGCCAUGUCCCGGGGCGAUGCUGUUCUGGCGGCUGUGGCAUUUCUAAGGCAGUGCUGGAGGAGGUCAAGCGGCAACCUCCAAAGGGUGUAUUUGGGCCACUCUUCCUCCUGGCUCUCAAGAACUGGAGGUGUCCACCAUUUCCUUCCUGGGCCGGAGGGAGGGCAGUUGGAACGCAGGGUGGGCCCAGAAAGUGAUUGAAUUGCCCACCUGGUACCCCCCCCCCGACUUUAAGUUUCUUGUGGAUGUGUUACAGGCUCCAGGCUUUAGCAAACAUGUCUAAAUUAAAUUUUUUAAUUUUCUUAAAAAGAAACCUGUUGCUGCGGCUUAGAGAUUGGUCUUCCAUGUCUGCGUGGGAGGAGUGCCUGGGGCCCUCAGCAGAGAUUUCCAACUCUGGGUUGUUUUUCUGUCCUAGAGCUUUUUCAGAUACCUCAAAGGGAGUUGCGCAAUUCUUACAGAUGAUUGCAGCUCCCUUUGAUCUUGUUUAAACUUUAUAUCUGUCCCUUUUAUAGGGUAGUAAAACCUACGGAGUGCAAGGCAUAUGCACUGGGAAUGAAAGGCCAGUGGGGAAGUCCUGUCCCUUGGAAACAAUCCUUGCUCAUAUCUGUCAAAUCCACCUUGGCAAUGCUCUUAGUUUUAGAGCCUUGAAAGAGGGAUAUGGGGUCGUGGCUGGUGUUGCAGUUUUAGUGGCCUGAAUAAAACAAAGCUUUGUGCUUUAAGGCAGUAGGUUUCUUAGGUAUGAUAAAAAUAGGAAGGGAACCAGUUUCUGAGGUUGCAACCGGGAGGUUAGAGAACAGGCAGGGUGGGCGUGGUAAACUGAAGUGUGAAGAAGAAGGGGGUGGACAAGUGAGAGACGUGGAGGGACAGAAUAGGGUCACAGAAGGGGUGGGGAGCAGAGGAAUUGAGAGAGUUGGGAGGUGGGGAAAAUAUUCUUCCUUUAAAAAUAAAGAGAUUCUCAUAUUUUUGGUGGAGCUUAUAAAGUAAGUACCAAGAAGGGCAGGUGCUGGUGCAGUGGCAGACAAAAGCACUAAGGCAGGCAGUCUUGUGGAACUUUACUUCAGAACUUCAGUUUUAUGUGAGAUUCCCCCCCCCCCCCCGCUUGCAAAUUCAUGAAAUACCAACUUACGUUAGUAUAGGGCUUUUAGGGUUAGACUGCUUUCAUAAACUUGUCCUCAUUUGAAUCUCAUGAUGGCCUGCGAAUGAAGUUAACAGUGAAUAAUUCCCACUUUUUCAGAUGUGUAUUCUCAUCUGUAUUAAGGUUCAGAGACUUCAAGUGAAUUGCUGAUGUUUCUGAAUUUUAGUUGAGCUCCGCUCUAUUAGAUUGAACAAUUGAAGAUCUAACAGUCUUCAUUUGUUAGUUUGCAGAAUCUGCCCGCAGUUUAGAUGUCCUCACAACCUGGCCUUUAAUUUAGUGACAGAAUGGUUGAAUGCUGGGUUAAACUAGAAGAGAUGAGGUGUCUAACCUUCUGGCAUCACUGGGCCACACUGAAAGAAGAGCUAGCUGUCUUGGGCCACAUGUGAAAUACACAAACACUAACAAAAAAUGAUGAGCAGAAAAAUAGGUUUUAAGUAAAUUUGCGACUGUUGGGCCGCAUGCAGCUAGCAGCCGUGGGUUGGACACCAUGCUAGAGCAUACUGGGUAGUUUCUCAACAAGCAAGGACUAGAAGUUCUGUACCAGUUUAGCAUUCUUUUUCCUGUCAUUGGUAUGCUUCUCUUAAGACCCUUAAGGGGUCAGAGAGGUGAUGUGCAUGGAGGGAAGUAGUAUCAUCGAUAGCCACUACUUAACUCAGCCUUUACAUUGUGCCUGUGGUGUGCUAAGUGUUUUGUGUUCAUGAUCGCAUUUAAUUCCCCCAACAACCCCAUUUUACUAGGGAGGACAUUUGAAACUUCAAAAGGUAGUCAUUGUAUUCCCCACUGACUUCUCAUUUAAAAAUGUUUUUAUUAUUAAAUAUUUAUUUAAAGCAUAUAACAUUAUAGAAAUGAAUACCAUGAUACCCACCAUUUAGCUUUAUCUUCCAUUGCCACAUUUGUUUUAGGGCUUUGUUUUGUUUUGUUUUGUUUAAGAAAACAGGUAGCUCUUAUGUCCCCAGCCAUUCCUCUUCCCUCCCCAUGACCAGAAACAGCCACUGUCCUGAAUUUGGCGUUUCUUAUUUGUAUGCAUGUUUUUAUAAUUUAGUGAUAUAUAUGUAUCUAUGCAUACACAAUUUGUGGCAUUGUUUCUUUAACAACUUACAAGAAAAAUGGGGAAUCUAUAGAUUAAAAUACAAGACAUCAGCCAAUUGCGAUGUAUGGGCUGUAUUUGGAUAUUGAUUUUUAAGAAUCUUUAAAAAUAUAUGACAUUUAUAGAAUGAUUAGAAAUCUAAACCAGAUACUUUAUGAUAAGGACUUCUUGUUAUUUACAAAUAAAAUGAUGUGAUGCCUGGGAUUUGCUUCAAAAUAAUCUGGUCGAGCGAGGAGGUGGAUGGGGUAAGACUAGCAAUAUGUGGAUGAUAGUUGUUCAGGUUGGGUGAUGGGUAUGUGGGGGAUUACAUUAUAUAAUUAUGUUAUUUUUGCAUAUGUUUUAAAUUAUGAGUAUGUUUUUAAAUGGGGAAGUAAAAUUAGGAGAAUGAUUUGUGCAACUUAAAAAUUGUAUGUAUAUGGUAUUGUAGUGCAUGGUUUUGCUUCCAGCCCCGUUGGAACAUUCUGGGAGCGAAGCUCAAAAGAGCCAGCUCUGCGGCUCUGGAUGUCAGCGUGGCAUAGGAAUUGAUGUUUCCAGUGGUUGUGAAGGAUGUUGUUCUUGAGUGUGCACAGUGAAGUAAUGAUGUGUUUCUUCCAGUGAGUUUUGGCCCCAUUCAAGGGUAUUUCUCAUGUUCUUCCUUUCCACUGGGAAGCCAAGGGAAGCCUCUGCAUAAUAAAAUGGCUUAAAUUAGUUUUGCCAAGGCACAGAAGCCCUCACUGGUGUCCCCAUCUUUCAUGUAUGUUAGAGGGUGUAGUGGAUUUAGAAGGCUCAGCCAUUUGCUGACUAACCCUAGGCAAGUCUGCCACAAGGGUAAAAGAAGAAAAAACAUUGCCUUUGGAAUUAGUCUUGAGUUUGGGUCCUUGUUCUAGCAUUAUUACUUCCGUGUAUUUGGUUAAGUUACAGUAUGCUUCUGAACUUUGGUUUCCCAAGAGUGAAAAUCUAUUGAACUCCUAAUUUGGUCAAGCAGGUGCUUGAACUAGACCUUUUGGAAGGAGUUGGAGUGAAAGUAGGGGUAGGGGCCCAGAAGGGGCUUCUCUGAAAUGGAGUUGCUUAAACCCAGUGUCUGAGGUACUUGUGAUUGACAGCCACAAACUUUAAGUGAAAAAGAAAUUUCCAAAAGUAAAAUUUUCUUCUGCCUAAAGAAAUAACUUUUAAAAAACUCAGGCCCUGGCUGGCGUGGCUCCGUGGAUUGAGCUUGGGCCUGCGAACCAGAGUGUCACGGUUCGAUUCCCAGUCAGGACACAUGCCUGGGUUGCAGGCCAGUUCCCAGCAGGAGACCCACAAGAGGCAACCAUACAUUCAUAUUUCUCUCCCUCUCUCCUUUCCUUCCCCUCUAAAGAUAAUUAAAAAAAGAAAAAACUCGGUCAUUGGGCAGAGAAAUUGCUUUUCUCUUAGAGGAACCUGCUUCAGUGCCUGGAACUCUCAAUUGCUGGUAAAAUAAGAGAAAAAGUCUUAGCAACUCUUAAGAUUAAAUACAACAGAAAAUGUAGUUUCUUUGAUAAGAUCUGUGUUACAGGGAUAAGUUGAAGUGUUAAAUUAGAGUUGUAAAGUGUCUCACAGUGCCCGAUUUAUAAUAGUUAAUACUUCUUCCCUUUCUCUCCCACCUCACUUCUAAGAUGAGUAAGUCUGACUUCCUUCUUUCUCUUACUACCCUCCCAGUUUUAUUGACACAUAACACUAUUAGUGUAAGGUGUUCAACAUAGUGAUUUGAUAUAUGUACAUGUUGCUGUAUGACUAUAUUACCUCACAGUUAAAAUUUUUUUGUUGUGACGAAAAUUCUAGGAUCUAUUUUCUUAGCAACUUUCAAGAAUAAAAUACCGUAUUGUUAACUAUAAUCACCAUGCUGUUUACUACAUAGGCCCCUUUUACCAUAAUUCUAAAAUUCUGUCAUCCCUUCCCUUCUGACUCUUUCUGUAGUACUCUAUUGACCAUACCAUUUAGUAUUUUCUCAUAGUGGUGUGUAAUUUUAAAUUGUUGCCUCCUUGGCAAGAGUAUACAUUCUUUGAGGGCGAAAGUCACAUCUUUAUUUCUUAGAAAUUACAUAUAUUAUCUAGCUCAGUGCUGGGUGAUGAUAGGAGAGCACAGAAAGUGUUUUCUGUAAGAAUGCAGGAACUAAAGCUCAAAUUCCAGGCAUGGUGUGCAGGCAAGUGGGGUAGGCAGAAUUCACAGUCAAAAGGCUACAAUGAGUUUUCCAGAGUUUGGUGUUUAAUAAUUUCUUACGGCUUCUCAGAUGUGGACGUGAAAUAUGUAAAAUACUAGCUUAGACAUUGCCUGCCCGCCCCCCCUUUCCAUCUCUUCUGCGUUUAAUAAAUGAGGAAGCAAGUCCAAAUGGUUAAGCGGUUUGCCCAAAUUGUUAACAACUGGUUAGUGACAGAACCAAGACUGUAAUUCAGGGCUUUGGACUUUAAGCCAGUAUUUAUCCUACUAGAGCGUGCGAUACCCUUAAAGUAUAAACUGUUGAGCAAAACUAGUUUCUUGGUUGCAUAAUUUUUCCUUUAAAGGUUUCUCUUUGGUGUUCUUGAGUCAAAAUCCAACUUUCUGGUAUUUAAAAAAAAUCAAGAUGAAAAUUAAUAGAUGGAGCACCUUAAAAGCAUAAUACAGUUGACUUUGUAAUUAGCAGAGCUGAAAGGAUGAGAAGAUCUUGAAUUUCCUUUGUGCCUGCAGGAAGGUGGGAGUCGAUCAUUUUGACAAGUCUCCUGAAAGGCGUAGCUCACAGGGGCUGAGACUGCUGCCAGUUGGGCUCCUGGCAGAGGCAGAGCUCACACCAGCAGCUCCACACAGUGUGGAAGACAUUUCUUAAAGUUGUGUGUUUUAACUUCAACAGGAACACAUUUGUGAAAACGCAAACAUUGUAUAUAAUAUAUAUUUGUUUUGUUUGUAUGUUGUGGAUAUUAUUCCAUGGUAGUACAUCCAGAUCUCUCUCUUUUUUUAAAGAUUUUAUUUAUUUCUUAUUAGAGGCGAAGGAGAGAAACAUCAGUGUAUGGUUGCCUCUCAUGUGUCCCCUGUGGGAACUGGCCUACGACCCAGGCAGGUGCCCUGACUGGGUCAUUUUUUUUUUAAUACAGUAGUCCCCACAUGUCUGCAGGAGAUAUGUUCCAUGACCCCCAGUGGAUGCCUGAAAUUGUAGAUAUUAAUGAAUUCUACGUAUACUCUGUUUUUUUCUCUACAUACAUAAUUUCAACUUAAUGGGAAGCAAUGUAUAGCUUCUCUCUGGCAUAUUCGAAUUGCCAGCAUCACUACUCUUGCACUGCACUUUGGGACCAUUAAGUAGAAUAAGGGUCACUUAAACACAAGUACUGCAGUACUGUGACAGCUGUCCUGAAUACUGAGAUGGCUACUAGGUGACUGGUGGCAUGUGCAGUUUGGAUACGCUGGGCAAAGGGGUACAUCACGUCCUGGACAGGACAGAGUGGGGAGGCGUGAGAUUUCACUGCACUACUCAGAAUAGUCUGUGUUUUAAAAUGUAGGAAUUAUUUCUGGAAUUUUCCAUUUAAUAUUUUUGAACCUCGGUUGACCUCAGGUAACUGAAACUGCAGGUGACUGAAACUGGGACGUGAAACUGCAGUCACAGUGUAAAGAAUUAGAGAUGUUGGGACCCACCCCACUACAGAGCGGAUCAGAGUUGGUAUAAGGUUCCUGUUCCUCAGCAAAACCGCCUCUUACUUCUCCAGAUAUGAUGUGCUCACUCGUGCCCUCGCGGGCUUCCUUGGAUGAGGAUGCACUGGAUGAUGCCUUGCUGGACCCAAGUGAAGGAGAAGAAGAUGAUGGCCUUUUCAGUGUCACUGAGGAAGAGGAGGAGGAGUUACUGAAGUCAGACGACGAGGAAGAGAAGUUUCUGCAGGCAGAUAAGGCCGAGGAAAAUGUACUGGAUAGCAGUGGACCAGUAGUGGAGACUCCUGGCCUCUCCAGGUUGCCUCAGCUGAACACAUCAGUUGGUCAGGGACCGACGCCUACAAAACCAUUAAAUAGACCCUUUGCACUAGAAAAGAACCACGCAAAGUUAACAGUGGUUGCACCAUUUAAUCCAACGGUUUGCGAUGCCGUGUUUGAUAAGGACAAGACUGAUUCACCCACGGGUGUUGAACAGCCCUCCUCCCUCGGAGAAGACCUGAGAGAAGAUGCUGUUAGCCCGGAUAGGAGCAGACUUUGCACUUACUCCGAAGGGAUCGGUCCCAACGACUCCGCCUGGGAUGGGCCCCCGCCCCCUUCUCCUUCGAAUAAUAGCUUUACACAGACUGUCCCUGAUGAAAAUACGCCUGAUAGUAAGAAACCCACGCCUGCCUGCGCUCAGGUCUCGGACCACUCAGAGACUCCUCGCACAGGGGCGUCCUGGAGAAACGGACCCCAUAAGUCCAGUAGUGAGAUGAGGGUGCCAGUCGUUUCCAGUUCCUCAGACAAAGAUGUUCUUGACAAGGAUUCUGGGAAGCUGAAAGUCCCUGAGAGAAUAGGCAAAGUCAUUCCUGUUCUGCAAGCCAAAGCCAGGACUAGUGUUCCGACAUUUUCACCAUCAGAUCUAGAACGGAAGAAACAGACUUAUGUCAGGAAUGUCUUUGCUCAUAUAAAAGACUCAGUGGACUCGAACCAAGGUGCCUUGGUGGAACUGUAUUCUUUGAUGGAUCAAGUUCAUCAUAUGCAUAACCAUUCGCAUCCUUCGGACCUCACCAUUCGCUCUGCAGGCAGAGAGGUCUUCAGAGCACAAGUCAUGACUCAGAUCCUCGUGUUCGCUCAGAAUUUCCCGGCGGCUUUUCACCUCGCAUCUUCCCGUCUCCCUGACCCCUACGUCUCCUGUAAGGAUGGCAGCCUCUGGCGACACAGUCAGCUCGCCAACCUCAUCUCCUGCUGCCUGUGCUUUGUUCACUCUGCUCCAGUCACACUGGCGAACUUGCUAUUUUUCAAGCAUUUUAGACACUCUUUACUUCAGCCUGUACACUCGUUGUUUCCUCUGUGGCUGUCAGACAGUGUAGUAUAAUGGUUAUUAGGUAAAUUCUGGAGUCAGGCGUGCAUUCACAUCCUGGCCCUUCUACUUCACUAUAUGACCUCUAUGACCUUGAGCAAGUUGUUUCACCUGAAGAUCAGUUUCCUUUGUGUACAAGUUGUUAAUGAGAGUGCU